CGAAGAAACCAAUAGGCGAAGAGGAUAUGGUGGGAUCCGACGUCACCGCGGUCAGCCAAUCACGACGCGCGUUGGUGGGAGGCCUUGCGGAGAGUGCUCCGAGGAAAGGCGGCGGGGGAGGAAGCCUGGAGUCAAGAUGGAGGGUGUGGACUGCUCCGUGGCUCUUGCCGACGCUGCCGCCGGGUCCCCGCGGGACCUGAGCCUGGUGCCCGAGCGACUUCAGAGGCGCGAGCAAGAGAGGCAGAUGGAGGUGGAGAGACGCAAGCAGAAGCGGCAGGACCAGGAGGUGGAGGAGGAGCAGAGAGGCUUCUUCGCCGCCGCCUUCGCCCGGGAGCGCGCGGCGGCCGAGGAGCUGCUGCGGGGCGAGGCGUCGGCCGAGCGGCUGGAAGAGGCGGCCAACCGGCUGCAGGUGCUGCGGAAACUCCUGAACGAUUCGGUUCUGUUCCUCGCCGCCUACGACCUGCGGCAGGGCCAGGCGGCAUUGGCGCAGCUGCAGGCCACCCUAACGGAACGGCGUCAGGACCUGCAGCCGAAGAAGCGCUUCGCCUUCAAGGCGCGGAAGAAGGAUGCUGCUGGGGCCGCCCAGGUAGACGCUGCGCCCGUCGCCUCGGCGGCCCCUUCUCCACCCUUAACCAAGGAGGAGGGAGCUCCCGGGGCCAGCUGGGCCUGUGGUUUCUCCAACCUGGAGUCCCAGGAUCUGGAGAAGGGAGCUGAAGAGCUGCACCAGCGCGACGUCCUUUUGAGCGACCUGACCAACUGCACUGUCAGACUGCGUGGCAAUCCCAACACCUUGCGGCUUGCAAAGGCCCGCGGCUGCAAGGUGCUCUGCGGCCCAGUGACCACCUCUGUGUUCCUGGAGGACUGCCGAGAUUGCAUCCUGGCUGUGGCUUGCCAGCAGCUCCGUGUACACACUACCAAGGACACGCGCAUCUUCUUGCAGGUGACCAGCAGGGCUAUUGUGGAGGACUGCAGCGGCAUCCAGUUUGCCCCUUACACCUGGAGCUACCAGGGGAUCGACAAGGACUUCCAGGACUCCGGUUUAGAUAGGAGCAAAAAUAACUGGAACCAGGUUGAUGAUUUCAACUGGCUGGCCCGAAAUGUGGCCUCCCCAAACUGGAGUAUUCUAUCUGAAGAGGAGCGAGAUAUCCAGUGGGACUGAGCACUGGCCACACUCAGUGACAUCCCAUUCGGUUUACCCGAUAUUGUUUAUGUUUGCGGUGAUAAGGGCUUGAAAUUGUUGAAACUCCCCUCCUGUGAGUCCUAUUAAAUUCAUAACAGAGUAA